CCAAAGCCUCACAGAGAUUCCUUCUUUGCUAUCGACCGAACAACCUUAGGACAGCCCGCACAAGCAUUGUAUAAGCAUGGACGUCAUUGCAAACUUAACAGACACGGAUGUCCCACUCAUCAUCGGACCGACGACAGGUGCCUUCAUGCCUGGCCUCGAGAAGCACAGAGCGGAGAUCGAGAGCAUUCAGGUGAAGACAUUCAAGUAUGGAUCCACAGAUAGACACAUGCUAGAUGUGUACUAUCCUCCGGAAGAUACCAUCCCUGCAAGUGGAAAGACUCGUGUGCUCCAUUUCUUCUAUGGGGGCGGGUUCGUCAGCGGUGCGCGGAAGCUUCCUGCGCCAUACGACCUUGGAUGCUACGCUAGCACAGGAGCUUACUUCGCAAAGCGGGGGAUCCUCACCGUCAUCGCUGACUACCGACUUGUGCCUCAUGUGAAGUACCCGCAGCCCAUUGAGGACGUCAGGGACUCCAUCAGCUGGGUAGUCGCCAACGGCACCGAGAUCGUAGGCGACACCGGCAUACAAGCCGACUUCGACAACGUGUUCCUUCUGGGACACUCCGCCGGGACGGUCUACAUCUCCACCCUUCUCUUUCAUCCCACGCUGUUGACACCCGAACUCCGUUCGCACAUCCGCGGCGUCAUUCUGAAGAGCGGGAUUUUCAGGUUCCCGCGGGACGAGAGUGUCGGCGCCGGGAAUCCGCUACUCCAGCUCUACGGCGGGUGGGACGAAGUCGAGGCGAACAUGCCGAUCACGUUGCUGAAUCAGGCCUCCGGGGAGCUCCUGACGAAAUUUCCGAAAGUCCUGAUGUUUGCAGGCGAGAGGGAGCCGGACGGCUUCUUCCCGUCGAACGAGGAGUUCAAGGAGACUUUGGAGACAAAGUUGGGAAAGCAGGUCAAGCUCAUCGUCAUGAAGGGCCAUAAUCACGCUAGUCCGCACUGGGCCUUAUGGAGCGGAGCAGGUGAAGAGUGGGCGGAAAAGGUCGUGAGGUGGAUUCAUUAUAGGGCUUAACCCGACCGAGACGUCGUUUGUAAGAUGAGCUAGAUCUCAGUCAAUCUUAUGUACUUGAACAUGGUGAA